GCGGGCGGCUCGCCUCAUUCCGCUGCUUUCUCAGCAUCCAUUCUGUGAGACCCUAUUCCGGAGAGGAGAGGAGAGAACUACAUAACACGCAAACUGGAGAAGAAAAAGAGGAGAAAUCCUCUGAUGAAGGAGGAUAUCGAGGACAGUAACACAUAAUCAGGGCUGACUGGCAUCCACUAUCACCUCUUACAGCUUUGGUCGAGGUGUGUGAAAGUUUCCAUCCGGGGGGACACACUCCCCUUGUUGUGGGGGUGAACAACGGAUUUUCAUUCCUGAAGGCACGAGGAGAGCUGUGAAGACCGGCCGGAUUCAGUUGCAGUGGAGCUGGUAGUGCGCACCAGAAGAGAUCCUACAGUGUCUCUUUCUCUCUUGCGCUCAGUCUCUCACACGCAUUUUCUAGUAGAAUACAUGACAUUAUUUCCCUGUGCUGAGGUGGAAUAUCAGGAGGAAGCAACCCAAAAGAAAUUGUCCUGAACCAGGAAAGUAAAGGAGAUCGGAUUAUGUACAAAUUCAGUGAAGGACAUCCUGUUCACAAAAAGUAAGUUCUAAUCAGAAAAGGCUUUGAAUUCGGUUCUGUUCUGAGAGACUUGAAGGAUUUUUGCCUUUUUUCUUUGUUGUGGAGCAGCACCAAGCUUGUCUCGUGACAGCUUUCUUGAGGACUAUAGGGUACUGGAUGGUAUUUCAAGACUGAAUCUGUGUAGGCACCUAUCCACUCUCCUAGCAGGAAGCAGACAUGUUCUUUGCUUCUGUUCCAGUAUGACCCUGGAGUAAGUGACCUGUGAAUUGAGUCACACUGGGGAUUUUCUAAAGGACUUCCUUGCUUCUGUACCAGUGUAUGGACAUCUGACAUUGGGAAGCCCAGCAGACAAAAGACUGAAAAUAGGCACAACCACAGCAAAAGACGGGAGAAAAGAAUAGGCCAUGGCUGAGGGGAUGAUUGCUUCUCAAAGUGAACCGUGACAGAAUGGUCGACUGUAUGAGCAAAGUCAUGCUGCACACGGUCGUCUCAUGCUGGCAGCCAUUCCUGGGACUGGCCUUCAUGGCUGUCUUUGUGGGUUCUACCUUGGGAUGUCCCUCGCGCUGUGAGUGUUCAGCGCAGAGCAAGGCAGUUGUCUGUCACCGCAAGCGCAUGCCCAGCAUCCCCGAUGGCAUCCCAACUGAAACUAGGAUCCUGGACCUGAGUAAGAACAAGCUGACAAUGAUCAACCCUGAUGACUUUGUUGCCUUUCCUGGACUUGAGGAACUUGACCUCAGUGGAAAUGUUAUCAGCUAUGUUGAGCCUGGAGCUUUUAAUGCCCUGUUUAACAUGCACUCACUCAGUCUGAAGAGCAAUCGUAUCAAGCUCAUUCCUCUGGGUGUCUUCACAGGCUUAACAAAUCUUACCCGACUGGAUAUAAGCGACAACAAAAUUGUCAUCCUCCUGGAUUAUAUGUUCCAGGACUUGCACAAUCUAAAGUUUUUGGAAGUAGGCGACAAUGAUCUGGUUUACAUUUCUCACCGUGCAUUCAGUGGACUUUUAAGCCUGGAGAUACUAACCUUGGAAAGGUGCAACCUUACAGUUGUGCCCACUGAGGCCCUUUCUCACCUGCACAACCUGGUCAGCCUCCAUCUACGAUACCUCAGCAUUAGCACUUUGCAUCCAUACUCCUUCAAAAAGUUGUUCCGGCUGCGACAUUUAGAGAUUGAUAAUUGGCCUUCACUAGACCAUGUUCCAGCUAAUACGCUUCAUGGCCUCAACCUGACGACGCUGUUUAUAACCAACACCAACUUGUCCUCCUUCCCUUACCAAGCCUUGAAGCAUCUGCCAUACCUGACGCACCUCAACCUGUCCUACAACCGUAUCAGGCACAUUGAAGGGGGCAUGCUGAUGGAACUGGUUCGGCUGAGAGAGCUGCAUCUAGUUGGAGCUCAACUGACCACCAUCGAACCGUAUGCCUUUCAGGGCCUGCGGGCUCUUAGAGUCCUUAAUGUUUCUCACAACCGGCUGGACACGCUGGAGAAGGGUGUUUUUCAGUCCCCUGAAGCUCUGGUGGUUCUGCUGAUCGACAACAACCCCUUAGUGUGUGACUGUCGUCUUAUGUGGAUCCUGCAGAAAGGGCACUCCCUCUUUGGGGAUUCGCAGCCAGAAUGCAGCACACCUGAGGGAAUUCGCGGCCGGCCUUUUAAGGAGUUUAAGGAGACUCUCCUAUCUUACUAUGUGACAUGCACCAAGCCAAAAAUCCGCGAGAAUAAAACACAAACAAUUACUGUGGACGAGGGCCAGCAAGCAAUGUUGCGCUGCAGUGCAGAAGGAACACCAAGGCCCACUGUGUCUUGGCUGUCCCCACGUCGACGAGUGCUAACAAGUAGGAGCCAUGGUAGAGUGACGGUUCACAACAAUGGUACACUAGAGAUCAAGUCAGCAGAGGUACAAGACAGCGGAGUAUACCUUUGCCUGGCCUCCAACUCUGCUGGGAAUGCCACCCUGAUGACUUCUUUGGCGGUGAAAAGUCUGGGAUCGCUGUAUGCUAACAGGACCCAGUACUACACAGAUCCCAGUAAUACCACUGCCAAUGGGACGACUGGUGUGACCCUCGGUUUGGACCUUAAGACUAUUUUAGUGUCAACGGCUAUGGGUUGCUUCACGUUCCUGGGAGUGGUCUUGUUUUGCUUCCUGCUUCUUUUCGUUUGGAGCAGAGGAAAAGGAAAACAUAAAAACAACAUAGACGUUGAGUAUGUGCCUCGUUCAAAGUCUAAUGGCACUAACGUUGACUCUGCAGAGGGACAAGCUGGUCCUCGUCGUUUUAACAUGAAAAUGAUGUGACUUCUUUCAAAGAUCCAAGACUGGAUUGUGGAACUGCCCAAAGUACAAUGUAUUUUUUUUGAAAAUAGGAUGACUGGACUGCUCACUGUUGCAGGGAGAGUGUUUGUGAAGAACUUUGGGGCAUCAUAACAUGACAAGCAGUACCUUAAAUCACUGGAUCUUGAUAUAAUGUUUGGAUAUUGUGUAGUAGAACUUAAUUGCCAGCGGGCAACUUCUCGGAUAAGGAGUGGAAACAAUUGCCACCAUGGGGACCUGGACGGGAAUAGGUGUCAUUUAUCAGCUUUUUGAAAUUUAUAUGCCUAAGAAGAACCCUUCAAUUUUGGGUUGGCUCUACAGACUCAGUUGAACCAUGUACAGUACAAAUUUGUAUCUACGCUAUUAAUCUACUUUGUUUAGUCUUGCGCCAUGCUUAUUCACUGAACAAAUCAAUGAAACAGACCAUUAUUUCCUAUGGUCAAUACUUUGCAUAUGUGUACCUAAUGCUUCAUUAUGUACAUGUAUGUACAUAUUCAUUCAAAGGAACUAUUCAUAGCAAUAUUCAUGGGAGGCAUUAGCCAAAAUUGAUAUAACCCCACGUGUUCAGCAAGAACAUUCUUCAGACUUUUGAAGUUUCCAUUGAUUAAGGAAGGGCUUCUCUGGCUGAUGAUCUGUCCCUACUCCCCCAAUUGACUCCUAAAUAUUAAUGAAUAUAUAUUAUUUAUAAACAAAAAUAAAAGAAAAAAGAUUUUAUUUAUUGAAAUUACUAAGAAUUUUACAUUAAAAAAUGGUCCUUAAACACUGUUCAGGAUCUAACGUAACACUUCAAUUAUCAUAAAAAUGACCCAGUGUUGGUCAAAGUACCUACAUGAACCACACUUUCGUCCUAUUUUUGUCUCUUUUUAUUCCUUUAACUGUACCUUUGCUGGUUGGCAAACUACAUGUGUCAAUUUUACUACAGUGACAUUUGCAUCAUUUUCCCCAGUAGAAAUUUGGACUUUGUUGUGGUAGUUCUUCAUUUUGUUGUUGAAUCAUUUAGAUUGUGAAAACUUCAGAAGUAAAAGUUAAAAAAAAAAAAUGUAUGUGAAAUAAAUGAAGAUGUAUUUGUA